AUGCCUCGUCGCGAUCUCGUCCGGAUCGUCCUGGUUGGAGAUGAUGGAGUCGGAAAGUCUUCCAUCAUCACGUCUCUAAUCAAGGAGUCUUUCGUACCGAAUGUCCAACACGUCGUCCCUGAGGUCACAAUACCGCCAGAAGUCACUCCGGAGAAUAUCACCACCUCCAUCGUCGAUACCUCUUCAAACCCUCGCUCCUCCGCACAUCUCCUCUCCCAACUCUCGCGCGCGCAUGUCAUCUGCUUGGUAUACUCAAUAUCAGAACCGAGCAGCUUUGACCGGGUGGCCGAAUACUGGCUCCCUCUCUUCCGGCGGGAAGGGAUUAAUGUACCUGUUAUCCUAGUGGGGAACAAGAUUGAUCUGCGGGGAGGCGAGGUCACGAAUCAGGGCUUAGAAGAGGAGAUUGCGCCUAUCAUGCGGGAAUUCAAGGAAGUCGAGACCGUAGUGGAAUGCUCAGCGGCCUUACCGCUGAACGUGUCGGAGGUGUUCUACUUUGCGCAGAAAGCGGUGUUACAUCCCACGGCUCCGCUGUACGACUCGAGGGAACACACGCUCAAGCCGAAAUGCUAUGAUGCGCUCAGGCGGAUAUUCAAGAUCUCAGAUGUGGACAAGGACGGGCUGUUGAAUGCCGUCGAGCUGAAUCAGUUUCAACAAAAGUGCUUCUCUACGCCGUUACAGGCGCAAGAGCUGGAAGGCAUUCUCGAGCUCGUCCGUGGAUAUGAUCCGAGCCUGGUCCACUCGACAUCUGUCCCCGGGACGCCAUCACCAUCUUAUCAUUACAUGACGCCACCAGGGGAGGGUAUCACAGAAGCGGGGUUCUUACUGUUACAUACCAUCUUCAUCCAGCAGGGCCGGAUGGAAACCACCUGGACGGUGUUGCGGAAGUUUGGGUAUGGGGAGGGGCUGGACCUGAGGGAGGACUUCUUGUCGCCAAGAUUUGACGUUCCUUAUGACUGCUCUGUCGAGCUCUCGCCUCUCGGGAACCAAUUCUUCACGGACAUCUUCGAGGCGUACGACAAGGACCAAGACGGAGCAUUAUCGCAGAGCGAGCUGGACGACCUCUUCUCGACCUCACCUGGGAAUCCUUGGCUGGCCCAGGGGUUCCCAGAUACGACUAUCACGGAUGAUCUGGGGAGAGUCACGCUGCAGGGUUGGCUGGCGCAGUGGAGCAUGACUACCCUUCUCAACCCGAAACUCACUCUCAACUACCUCGCAUACCUCGGCUACUCCUCUUCACCAGCUACAGACCACGCUGCCGCUUCCGCCUUGCACAUCACUCGACCGAGAAAGCAAGAUCGGCGGCAAAAGAAGGUCGCAAGGAACGUCUUCCUCUGCUAUGUUCUCGGCGCCACCGGGUCGGGCAAGACGAGUCUGCUUAGGAGAUUUGUGAAUAAGCGGAUGGGAGACGGGUUGGGGAGUUAUGAGCCUACGACCAAGGUGUUAUCGGUGGUGAACUCGGUGGAGAUGGAGGGAAAGGAGAAGUACCUGGUGCUGCAAGAGUUCGGGAGCAAGUACGAGUCGGAAACGCUGCGGAAUAGCAAGAAUCUCGACCAAGCGGAUAUCAUCAUUUACGUCCACGACUCGUCAGAUACCAACUCAUUCUCAUACAUCUCGAACUUACGGCAACAAUACAGCCUUGACCAUAUCCCAGCGGUCUUCGUCGCGACCAAAUCCGACCUCGAUCUCGCACAACAACGACACGAAGUCCAGCCGGAUGUGUACUGCCGGAGGUUAGGUCUACCCGCUCCCAUGGCAGUCAGUGCGGGACUGGGCAACCCCGUCAAUCUCUGGAUGGGGAUAACGAGGGUAGCGCUGAACCCAACGACGUCAAUAUCAAAACGACCAUCAUCUACUCUGACUCCAGCUCAGCGGAUACGACUGAUAGGUGCCAUCGCGGUCGGCUCGACGACGGUAAUAGGGGUUAUUGGAGUGUGGAUGCGGUAUCAGGGUUACUCUAUCAGGGGGCUGUGGAGCUGGAUGAGAGGGUCAUGGUGGCGGGGAGGAUGA